GACGAUUAUGGAACCGUAGUACUGGUAUUUUCACUGUGAAAAGCCUUCAUCCGCCGUGUUAUUUUCUAAGAUCAUUUCGCCAAAUCAAAUGGAACGUGUUGAACAGAACAGACACAGAGCGUUGGCCAAUUUCUCGUCAUUUAGUCGCGCGGUGUACUCAGAGAUAGAAGAGGUUGGAUGGGAGCAUCUAGUGAGGCUGAGUGAAGACCUAAAGUUUCUUAGCUUUCGUGUUUUAGAUAAAAAGAAGAGAGUGCACUAUAUCGAAAUUCAAUUGGAUAAAAGCUAUCCCAAAAGCCCACCUUCGAUUUCAGUGGAUGUGCCAUGCAUAUUUAGGUUAAAGUGGUCUAGAGAUUCAAGAUUGAAAGAUUUGCUGCAGCAGUUCCAAGAGCAUCUGGAGAAACUUCAGGAAAUUUGGACUAUUUUGGAUGAGAUUGACAAAUCUCUUUGGGUUGUUGACUUGAACCGGCUGUCUCGUGCUAAUAUCUGUAGACAAAUUAAUUUGGGUAAUGAUUGCUUCAUCAUGUUGUGUAUACAUGCCAAUGAUCCUAAGUCUUUGCCUGAGUGUCGCUUUAUGGGUUCUGGUCCGACCUUGAAUUCCUUGAGGAAAACAUGGCAAAGAAACAGCAAGAGAUGGAACAAGGACAAGCCAUUUUUGGAAAAUGUUGCAAAUCUUUUGGAUGCUGAACUGCCAAGGCCCCCAGAUUACCAGAACAGUGAUCAGCAAGUGGAAUGUGGGAUUUGCUAUGCUCAAUUUUUACCUGUUGAUGACGAGCUGGGAGCUAAGAGUGGAUGUGGAACUGAUUAUAAAUGUGAUAACACCAGUUGCAGUAGGGCUUUUCAUUCUGUAUGUCUUGCAGACUGGUUGCGCUCCAUCACAACAACAAGGCAGUAUGUUGAGUUUUCCAACUUUUGAGGUCAUAUGAUGUUCUGUUUGGGAAUUGUCCAUACUGUUCAGAGCCAGUUGCUGUCAAAAUCAACAAUACAAAAUCAUAAUUCAUCAACAUUAUUUCAGUUUCAUCGAAGAUGGAAUCCUAUUUCUUGCACCCAUCAUUGAAGAUAAGAAGCAGUGAGUUCCUCAGUUACAACUCGCAAUUAUUCUAUUAAAUAUAUUGGAUUGUGAAGUUAUGAGGAUCUUUAAACCUCUUCGGCAAAUGCAGCUACAAAGAACUUAUCCUCCAAAGAUUGAAAAUUUGAUGUGAAUGACAUUAAUAGUGCACGCACGUAGUUUCCCCACUCAUAGUACUCUACUGUUUCAUUAACUGGGACCUAUGAUUUAACCAUGAGUGUCCCUUGCUGUCCAUACUUUUUGUUUUAAUCUUAUCCAUUUGGCUAGUGACUUGAUUAUAGGUUUUUGCACAUGAUCGGGACCUGCCAAAGACAUAUGGGUAUUUCAACUCCAUGAUUUGUAAGUGAUUUCCUGCUGAAGUAUAUAUAUUUGGCCGCAUGUGUUCUGCU